GUGGAUCGAGAGAAAUGAGUACCAAAAGCAGCAGCUCUCUGUACUUAGAUUCUAGCAGAUAUCCGCCAGUCGGUAUCAUUACUGCAUAGUUACAUCCUUGUUUAUUUGACUGGCUUUUGUGUCUAGUUCUGGAGUGGUGUGGCUAAGUCUCUCAUUAGCUGUCAGGACAAUGCUGCAGGACAGCCCGAUUUCAUUCACCACCUUUUAACAGCCAACUCGCAAAACUUCCGCCUCGGGGCAACUUUUCUUUUUAAGUCCCCAAGUAGCUCAUCUGUGUGGUCCCCUUCCUUUACGACAAUGGAACUGUUCUCGUCGAAGCACUGCCGUGUGAGCUUGAUUCCUUGGAGACGUCAGAGGGUGACUAUCGUCCCCCCCGCUUAAACAAAGUCGUUCAGCUCCUUUAUCGUGGCUUGCCAGUCGAAGCUGUUGGGGUGCGACUCUUCUGGCAAACUUCACCAUGGAAGACUAUCCGAUGUCACCACUGCUGAUGGCGCCCUACAAGAACGACGUCGACGCUACUGGCUUGGGUAAAAUUAAUUCAUUUGCUAUCACCUGCGAGUUUCUCGAUUCUCUACGCACAUCAGCAAACGUGUCGGGCGGGGCGUUGGCUACUACGCCUAACUUACAGCAUCUUCAUAACUUCUCCAUUCCCGCAUUGCGAUUCGACCGCCCGAUGAACAAUACCUUCCAAGCCUCUCCACUUAUGAAUCCUAGUCUGAUGGACAACUCAUCCAAUAGUUGGGAUAAAGAACAAUGGCGCUUUCUUUGGUGGUUCGUCUGGAAAAUUGAUGGCUACUGUGAAAAGCUUCAAGAAUGCUUUGACCAAAACAUACCACCUGAUUUAAAAGACUGGUUGACAACACACAAUAAGUCGACUGAAAUACGGAACGUCGGUCUGCGAGGUCUUGGCGACAUAUUACAAGAUAUCAUUCCUUCCGAAUUUCACGAGAUACUCCCUAUUAUGAUCGUUCAACAUGCGAUUUUCCACUACACCUGCGAGACCAAUUCUUUCGAGAGUGUCGAAUCUGCGUUCACCGGUUGGAGAAAUAGAAUCCCUAUAAUACAGACUCAUCAACCAAGCCUUGAUCUGGUAUUCGAGCGGUUAAAGUCGGCAGAUCGAUCGUCUGGGAACACUCAACUCGCUCGACCCCACAUUCAAACGCCCCUUUUCGAGACAGGCAGUAAAUUUACAAAUCUUGAUAUUACCUGUUAUCCGCAGUCUAUCACCGACAGCUCUUUAUAUCCACAGAGACACCUAGUCUCCAAUCCCGACACAAGUCCAUGGGCCCUAUCUGGGGAUCAAAGUUUUGCUUCUGGUGCUGGUGAUAGAUACAUGACGGGCUACUCCUUGGAUCAUGUGUCGAAGUUCAACUAUUAUGAACCGUCGAGGACCGAAAAUAUCAUGCCUUAUACCCCGACAACGAAUUUAAACAACCCCUUUUCUUCAAGCGAGAUAAAUCAUUCUGCAUUUCAGAACCAGACCCCUCAACGCGUCGGACAAGUAUAUGGGUUAUCCCCACCGCCUAGCUAUCCACCUUAUGAAACUGGGAUGGGCCCAAUGCCUCUCAGCCAUUCUACGCCAUUCACUAUUUUUAUGAAGUUUAUAGAUAACUUUACAAACCAGGGUGGCUUGCCUCACCUUUUCUCUCAGGGGUCGAUCCGCUGGAACAAACGACCAUUAACUUCGAACGCUCUGGUUUCCGAAAAGCAAUUCUUUAAGAAUGCUGAUUGUUUAUUCUUUGACCCAUUAAGAGCUCUGGUCUCGCAUUCAUUACAGGACCCUAUAGUCCAAGCAAUAAUAUCGACCACGUCGUCACUACUAUUGCUUGGCGGGUUGCAUUCGGUCCCAGACGUUGCGGAUUAUAUGAUCAGCCUAGGAACACAUUUGCUACCUAGCCCCGAUUUAUGUCGCGAGUUUGCUCGGAUAGUUUUGCAAACCUGCCCUGAGGCUGGUGCAACAAGUUCUCCUAAUAUAUCUACUCGAGACCGAGGCCAGAGUCGAAGUCAGGACCUCGAGAAGCGUGUCAACGAGAUAGUAAAGAACUACAGCGGGGCGUAUCACCCAGCGCAUUUACUUCAGCCUCAUAGCACCCAGAGAAGUCAUCGAACAUUACAACCUCGACAACAUAUCGCUACCUCGCGAGCCAGCAGCAGCCAGCCCACGCCAUCCAUCAUUGAUUCAUCAGGAAGUAAUGUGCAUAGCUUCGUGGAUAACAGCAUCGAAAUAUCCAACGUGACCAGCAAUACCACACCGUCUGUAACUAGUGCCGCACAAUGUGAAGAGUGCGGCAAGACCUUCACUGGUAGGCAUGUCAGCUCACACUUGUCCCGCCAUAAGCGACAGCACCGAACCGGCCAUGUAACCAUAGAGUGUCCUUACUGUGGCAAGGCCUUCCAUCAUGUACGCACCGACAAUAUCCGGACGCACUGCCGAAAUGUCCACAGGCGCGAGCUCCCCGAAAAUGGGAAAGAGUACUGGUCGCAGUUCACUGGUACGCAGCUCGGGGGUUAGAAUAACUGGCUUGUGGUUAAUUCGAAGCCCAAGCCCAAGCACUGACCUUCGUCGUCCCCCUUCAUCAACCGCCUUGUUCCGCUCUCUUAUCAAAUGCAUAUUUGCACAUACAACGGGCACCCAUCACUUGCAAUACGCGUAAGACCCUAGUCUCGGCAGUUGUCUUCAGCAGACCUUCAUGCUGGACGACUAUAUAUCUCACGGUCUCACGGAUUCUACUAUUAACUAUUAAUACCCUCUUACACGAUUUAACUAUGUUCGUUUUCUAUACUUGAUUGAAUUCCGGGACUGGAUCCGCCCCCUUUUCAUUUUUCUGUUAGGCGUCUACAUAGCAUUUCUUGAUUCAGACGUGGACUAAGCUACAGAAUAACACAGGACAGGACACACAGCACUGGGUAUUAACGAAGAGUUAGAAGGUCUCGGUAAAA